AUGCCCAAAGUUGACAACCCUACGGCUUGCGGAAACAACCUUACUGGGAGCAUCCCACCUGAGAUAGGCAAUGCAACCCAAAUUCAUGAGCUAGAUCUCUCUUUGAAUCAUUUAGUUGGGUUGAUUCCAAGAGGACUCGGGAGACUGACUUUUUUUGGAGAGGUUGAUGUUGAAUGUGACUCAAUUCCCAGCAUUCUAGGUGACUUGCUCAAAUUAUACCGUCUGAAUUUGAGCAACAACAAGUUAUCUCAAGCAAUUCCACUUCAGUUGGGGAAGUUAGUUCAAUUGAAUGAACUGGAUUUAAGUUAUAACUCUCUUGAAGGUAGCAUACCAUCAGCAAUAAGCAAUAUGGAGAGUUUGAUGACACUCAAUCUUUCCCACAACAAUCUUUCGGGUUCCAUACCAUCAAGUUUCGAAGAGAUGCACGGCUUGUCGUACGUUGACAUAUCCUACAAUCACUUGGAAGGUCCCCUUCCCAACAUUAGUGCAUUUCGAGAAGCUCCGUCAGAAAGAUUGAAAGAGAACAAACGAUUGUGUGGAAAAGUUGGAGCUUUGUUGCCACCUUGCAAUGCACAUGGCUCAAAAAAGGACCACAAGGUCAUAUUAUCUGUUCUAGCAGUAUUUGUACUUCUAUCUGCACUCUUUACAAUUGUUUUUGUAAUAGUGCAAAGAAAGAAGAAGCAUCAAGAUACUAAACAAAACCACAUGCAUGGAGAAAUUUCCUUUUCGGUUUUAAAUUUUGAUGGAAAAUCAAUGUAUGAGGAAAUCAUAAGGGCAACAGAAGAUUUUGAUUCCACAUAUUGCAUUGGGAAGGGAGGACAUGGAAGCGUCUACAGAGUGAAUUUGUCAUCUGGAGACGUAGUGGCCGUGAAGAAACUCCAUCUGCUAUGGGAUGGCGAGAUAGAAUUUCAGAAGGAGUUCUUGAAUGAAGUAAGGGCACUUAGUGAGAUAAGACAUCGGAAUAUUGUGAAGCUCUAUGGUUUCUGUGCACAUAAACGACACUCAUUUUUGGUGUAUGAGUAUCUUGAAAGAUGUAGCUUGGCCGCAAUAUUGAGCAAAGAGGAAGAAGCUAAAGAGUUGGGGUGGAGUAAAAGGGUGAAUAUUGUUAAAGGCUUAGCUCAUGCCUUGUCUUACAUGCACCACGAUUGCUUGCCACCGAUUGUACAUCGUGACAUCUCAAGCAAGAACAUUUUGUUGGAUUCUGAAUAUGAGGCCUGUGUUUCAGACUUUGGCACUGCUAAGUUUUUAAAUCCAGACUCAACUAAUUGGACUACCGCUGCAGGCACAUAUGGUUACAUGGCACCAGAGCUUGCAUAUACAAUGGAAGUGAACGAAAAGUCCGAUGUUUAUAGCUUUGGAGUUGUCACACUGGAAAUAAUUAUGGGAAGCCAUCCAGGAGAUGUUUUAUCAUCUUUAUCAUCCGGGGCAUCAUCUUCGUCCUCAUCUGCAUCACCUGCCCCUGAAAUGCCAAUUUCGAAAGUUCUGGACCAGCGCAUCUCCCCACCCACAAAACAAGAAGCAGGGGAGGUGGUCUCUCUGGUGAAGAUCGCAUUUGCAUCCUUGAAUCCCAGUUCGCAGUGUCGUCCAACAAUGAAGAAAGUUUCUCAGCUCCUGUCAUCAACGCAGAGGCUGCAUUUGUCAAAGCCAUUACAUAUGACAACAUGUGGUGAAUUGCUUGCUCUUGAUGGUUUCACUGCCUGA